UAGGCGAUAUCCUGAGUAAUGCAAUGAGGAAGAGGGGCAUUGUAAAAUCUACAAGAAAUCGAUGCGGUUAUCAUUUCACCAGAGUUUUCGUUAUUGAAAGACAACUUUGCUCCAUAUCCUUAUCAAACAUGACAGUUUUGUUGUUGUUGUUGUUGUUGUUGUUGUUGUUGUUGAAAACCAAUGAUAAUUAGUUGGAUUAGGAUCGGCUAAAACAGUCACCGACGCAUUUACUGCGAGUUUGAUCUUCUUUAGCCGUCGCAGUGAGUUUCAAUGUUAUGUUUUCAUAUGAUUUAAGAAAACUAACAUCCUACGAUGAAAAAAAGCUAUUUGAUCAAAACGUACAUACAACUAAAAAACUGAGGGAAUAGUGGAGGUGCACGUCCAUGAUCAAAUAUUCUAAGUGGAAACGAACUUUGACGAACAUGAUUUGACAUAAAUCGGAUGGAACGUGAUGCCACAAUAACUUGACGCUACAUCAGCCACUUAUAUUUGUGUUUCACGACGAAAUCAAUUUUAAUGACAACAUCAGCUGCAUCGGAAGUUGAAAUUUUGUUGUGUGGUAGGAGAUGAAAGCGUAGUUCACAGAAGGCCGAGUUUUUGAGUUAGGAAACGAACCGAGGCCAAGACAAAACUGUGACUAGCUCAGGGGAGAUCUGAACCAUGACUGGCCCAAGAAUUCUUGGAUACGCAAUUUUGUGGCAAGCUCAUCUUUUCAGCAAAGUAUUGGUUGUUGCAGACAAUCAGCAACUUCAAAUGGAUGGAGAUGUUCUUUUUGGCGGACUUUUUCCUGUUCACAAGAGAAGUACUUUAAGCGAGAAUGUAUGUGGAGAAAUAGAUCCACAGGCUGGAUUCCAAUAUCUGGCUGCUAUGUUGUUUGCUCUCCAAAAAAUCAAUCAUGACACGGAAUUGCUGCCGAACGUCACUAUUGGAGCGAAGAUAUUCGACACAUGCAGGAGUCAGACGAUUGGAGCGGACCGAGCAAAAGACUUCAUCAAACACACGCUCUUGGAUGAACCGAAACCUCUCGUUGGAGUCAUUGGUCCUUUCACAAGCGAUGUUUCCGUCGCGGUGGCGAAUCUGUUGCGGGUUUUUGAAAUUCCUCAGAUAAGUUAUGGUUCGUCGAGUGUGGAGCUAAGUAACAAGGAACUUUAUGGGAAUUUUUUUAGGACGAUACCACCUGACUCCUUCCAAGCCCAGGCUCUGGUGGAUGUCGCUCUACAUUAUGGCUGGACUUACGUUUACACAAUCAAUUCCCACGGAAAUUACGGCAAGGGAGGAAUGAGCAUAUUUCGCCAGAUCGCUCGGAAAGCUGGUAUCUGCAUAGCAAAAGCUGAAAGUCUCCCCAGCCUUCCAAGGGAAGAAAAUUAUAUGUCCGCCGUUCAAACGAUAUUACGACACAAAAUUGGCAAUGCCCAUGUGAUUGUGUUAUUUACAACCCAGACUGACUCGGCUGGUUUGCUCCGUGCAGGUAAGGAGUCUGGUGUCAAAGGUCUUACUUGGCUUGGAAGCAGCGGUUGGAGCAAUCGUGUUGACGUCACUGAAGGUAACGAAGAAUUAGCCAAUGGCUCCCUGACAGUCGGACACGGCGAUGGAAUCGUAAACGGAUUCUUGGAUUUCUUGACAAACCUUAACAAUUCCUUGGGUGGAACUUCAUAUCCAAAAACAGACAAUUUAUGGUUCGAGGAAGUUGUGCAGUCUGUCUUGAAAUGCGAGACUAGAGGUUCGGCACCAUCCUCACUUACAGCAUGCAAAAGUAACCUGUCGACGUCACUACCACGUGAUAUAGAACUUGCGCCAGUUCGUGUCGUUGUGAACGCGGUUUACGCUCUGGCGCAUGCCCUCGACGACAUGCAAAGAGAUCUUUGCCCAAAGCAGACUGGAAUUUGCCAGCAAAUGAAAGAAACACUUAAAAAGAGAAGUCUCAUUGGUUAUUUGAAGAAUGUAACAUUCCCAGACGCAUCGUAUAACCUGACUUUAAAAUUUAAUGAGAACCAAGAAAUGGAUGGUACCUAUAGCAUCUCAAAUUUUCAGCAAAGGGAAGAUGGUUCAUGGAAGUAUGUCCGCGUUGGCACAUGGAGAUAUCUUGGAGAUUUAGCCAAAGAUAAAGUAAGUGAACUGGGAAUUGAUAAUUCCCUUGUCUCAUGGGGAAAUGCUGUAACUCGUCCGCCUUAUUCAUACUGUAGUGACUCCUGUACUCCAAAGCAAAUAACAAAACCCAGAAUUCUCAACUCGGAAUGUUGUUGGAACUGUAUAUCUUGUCAAGUUAAUGAAGUGAUCAUAAACAACACUUGCAAAGCGUGUGACCUUGGCUACAAACCAAACCCGAGUUUACAGAAGUGUGUAAAACUUGAACUUUCUCAUCUUCAGUGGAAUGAUCCCAUAUCAACUUCACUAAAGGUACUCGCGGGAUUCUGGGUAUUCGUUGCCAUAGGAACGUUUGCGUUCUACGUCAUUAAACGCCAUGACAGUGUGAUUAAGGCAGCGGGAAGGGAACUGUCCUUUUUCAUCUUUGUCGGAAUAAUUUUGUGUUAUACAGCUUCCUUUGUUUGUUUGACUAGGCCCACCGAUUUUAUUUGCACACUUCGUCGUUUCAUCGGAAGUACCUGUUUCACCGCCUGCUACGCGCCAUUACUAAUGAAAACAAAUCGUAUUUACCGCAUAUUUAUUCAUGCCAAGCACUCAGCAGCGAGACCGUCUUUAAUAAGGCCCAUGUCCCAGGUCAUAAUCUCCAUGGGGCUCAUUGCAGUACAACUUCUGCUUACGGCAGUAUGGACUCUUUCGGACCCACCAAAAGCCACCGUGAUUUACCAUUCGCCCUUAGACGCCUCUCUCAUUUGUAACGUUAGCGGCAUUAGUCUUGCAGUCAACAUGUCUUAUAACAUACUUUUGAUGUUCCUUUGCACAAUGUAUGCAUUUAAAACUCGAAGUUUUCCCAGGAAUUUCAACGAAGCAAAACACAUUGGUAUCACCUUAUACAUAACAUGUUCUUUGUGGAUUAUAUUCUUACCAACGUAUUUCAACGCAGAAACGUCUUCUUGGAGGGAAUACGUUUAUUGUAGCCUCUUCAUUUUCGUAGGCUGUGUUAGUCUUAUGGGUCUGCUGCUUCCUAAGGUUGCUAUUGUUGUCUUAGCUAAACUACCAAAAGAAAGAGUCCAUAUUACUGAUGAUUUAUCUGAAGAGAAAAAUGAGUCAACCAUUGAUUUUUCGAAAAGAACAACCACAUUUCUAAGUCUUGACCCUUCUUUGCCAUUGCCAGGCUCCAAAGAACGACCGCUGAAUCCCACGAGGAUUGCACAAGACAAUGAAGCAUUCGUUUUGAACUGAAAAGCAGGUUACUAUGGUAACUAAAGACGAUAAUUUACUAAAACAUUAGAAAAUUAUUUAAGUAAGGAUGAUUUAGCUUAGGGAAGAAACUGUAUCGAUACACCUUUGCAGGUUCAAAGUCAGUUUGGAACUGAUCAAAACAGCCCUUCCACAAGAAACUAAUUUUGUUAGACAUACAGCAUGCAGAGAUUAUCUCUUCAUUUGCAAUUUCCUAAGUUAACUUUUAAUCGCAUAAAUUCCGUUCUGCAGUACACAUAGGUAAGCUGUUUGGAAUGGAUACUCGAUUGAAAGCUCCUGGUAAGUGCUUGCCGGCAAAAUGUUUCAAACAACUGAAACUUAAGUCCUGAUCAAGCAAAGUGCAUUUGAUCGGUUUGUUAACUUAAGAAUUAUGCCGCGCGUAUUAAUUUAUCUUGUUUGCUGAAGUGUGUCCACUCUGAUACAAAUCAUUAACUAAAGCUAAUUGUCUAUAGGUCACGUGGUGGUCAAUUGCAUGUCAUAAAAUGAAUUAUUCAAUAGAAUAGUUAUAAUCAUUGAUGACGUUUAACUUUAAUUAACAUAUCGUAUUAAUCAAAAACUUCGAGCAACCUUUCCUUAUACUUUACGCCGAGUGACUGAAAACCGAUGUUUGUUAAAUGUCCAUACUGCUUAAAAAAUUACGAGGUAAAACAGUCUGAGUGUUUAU